AAUUUAAAACCAAUAAUUACAACUCUGCUUGACAUCCUUACCAGUGCUGAUUACUGAACUAUGCAGCUGAUUGAGAUGCACCCAGAGAUUUAGUUUGGAUUCAUUUUAUUUUUAUUAUUAUUUUAUUCUCAUCUUAAACAUGACAGUGUGUCCAAACACACAGAAAAACUCCUGGUGAAGCUGAGAUCCUCGUGACACACUUUUAUAAAGAUGGCAUUUAUUAAAGAGGAGAGUGAAGAUAUGAGGAUGGAAGAAACAUUCAUAGUGAAACAAGAAGAGGCUGAGGAACAAACAGACCUGAUGGCACUGAAAGAGGAGAGUCCGAAAGAAGAACUGAAUGAAAUGGAAGAGAAAAAUCAGGAUGAGAAACGUCAUGAUUUCAAGAGAGGAGAAAAAUCCUUAAAGACUGAAAAGACUUCCUCACAAAAAAGUGGUCUGAGGACUGACUCUAACAGUUUCACCUGCUGUCAGUGUGGUAAGAAUUUCACUUGUAAGCAAAACCUUGAAGUCCACAUGAGAGUUCACACGGGAGAGAAGCCUUUCUGCUGCCAACAGUGUGAAAAGAGUUUCAAUCAAAAACAAAACCUUAAAGUCCACAUGCGAGUUCACACUGGAGAGAAGCCUUACACCUGCAAACUGUGUGGACAAAGUUUUACACUUAAGGGAAACCUUAAAGUCCACAUGAGAAUUCAUACUGGAGAGACCCCUUACACCUGCAAACUGUGUGGGAAGAGCUUCUCACGAAAGGAAAGUCUUGUGACUCACAUGAACAGUCACACUGGAGAGAAGCCUUGCAUAUGUGGUCAGUGUGGAAAGAGAUUAAAAUGUAAAGAAUCUCUCAGUCCUCUUUUGAGUGAAUCCUCAUGUGGUGAUUGUUUUGUAUGCCAUCAGUGUGGAAAGAGUUUCCUGCAUAAAAGAAGCCUCAAAACUCACAUUAGACUUCAUACUGGAGAGAAGCCUUUCAUCUGCCCUGAGUGUGGAAAAUGCUUCUCACAAAAAGGAAACCUUCAGACUCACAUAAGUAUUCACAUUGGAGAGAAGCCUUGCAUAUGUGGUCAAUGUGGAAAGAGAUUCCUGCAUAAAAAAAGCCUCAACACUCAUAUUAGACUUCAUACUGGAGAGAAGCCUUUUAUCUGCCCUCAUUGUGGAAAAAGCUUCUCACAAAAAGGAAACCUUCAGACUCACAAAAGUAUCCACACUGGAGAGAAGUCUUUUAAGUGUUUUCAGUGCGAUAAUAUUUUUACAUAUAAAAGAGACCUGAAACAUCAUUUGCAAACUCAUUCUGUAAAGAAAUUGUGAUCAUCCACCUUUAUGACCACUUACUGUUUUUGCAAUCUUCACUGCUUUAUACUUUACCUUGGGCCUUUUUAUUUUCCUUUGUCAUGUACAUAUAAACUCCAGUUUUCACACUUGUCAAUCUCCUUUGCUAUAGUUUCAAAUAUUGAGCAAUUGAGACGCCCUCUAAUUUUGGUAGUAUAGAGCCAUCACUCCAUUACAUAUAUUGUUAAUCAGAAUCAAACUACUGGUGAAAUUGCUGUAAAAUGCUACAAUGUAAAAGAAAGAUUAUAAAUAAAAGGACACAAAUUGUACAUAAAUAAU